GACCGCCUUAGAGCAACUCACCGAUGUGGAGGACCGACAAGAGCAAGGUCGAUUCCAACAAGAUGCUGAUGGGACGUACGUGGCCACCAUCAAGAUCUACUACACCAAUCAAUUUGCCCAAACCGUAUCUAACGUGAAUGCCUACAUCUCUAACAUGAUUAGUCAAGCCAAUGCUUGCUUCAGGAACUCACAAACCCAGAUCCGUUUGCGAUUGCUCUGUACCCAACAACUGAACAACAUCACUGAAGACCGAGAUCCGGGUCAAAUUUUGACCCAAUUUGUCAACAUUAAAGGUAGCCCAGCCAAUCUCCGAGGAACGGCCGAUUUUGCCCAUCUCCUUGUGCGAGAGACUGAUCCAACCAAUUGUGGAAUUGCCUACGUCGGGAGCACACAAGUUCCGUUUGGGGUGUCCAAGAAGGAUUGCGCCAUUGCCACUUAUACCUUUAGCCACGAGAUUGGUCAUAACUUGGGAUGCAGCCAUGACCGUGCCAAUUCGCCCAAUGCUAAUCCCAAUGGUUAUGCAUUCGGUUACCUGGUUCCUGGCACUGGACACCGAACUACAAUGGCAUAUUGGAAUCCUAACCAUCGAUCCAAGUUGAACCUUUACGCCAACCCUAGUGUACUGUUCCAGAACGUCCCAAUUGGCAAUGCCCAGAACAAUUGCGCUCGCAAGAUCCGAGAAAACGCCCGGAUAUUUGCCAGUAUUGGCUCGGACACUGACUCAUGUGGAUCCACCACCACCACCACCACUCGCCCAACAACGGAGACCGUCAUCUCAACCUGUUUGACUUCGUUCUCCCGAUUUUUGCCCACUGGAUCGAGAGUGGUGGUUCAGUAUCCACUUUCUGGAAACUAUGGCGAUAAUGAACAAUGUAUGUGGUAUUUUGUGGUAAGUAAGAGCUUUGCCAAAAAUGAUUUGGAGUGUUAGCAAUGAUUUCUGACU